UGAGUCGAGGUACAUGUUUUUCGUGACAGAGAUCUUUGUGUAUGAAAUUAUUCGUCAUUCAGAUAGCGUCAUAUUUUGUACAUGUCUUGAUGGUUAUCUCAUUAAUUAGAACAGGUCUCGUGCCAGUAGACGGGACAACCUUCCAUGAGGGCACAUGAAAAUAGAAUGAUUGCGAUAACGUUAGGUUUUUCGAUAUACCUACUGCUUGUCUUUCCAAAGACAUCUGACGCCUUGCAGUGUUACAAUUGUACCGACAUUGCUGACGUUAAUGAAUGUCUUACAGUGACAGAAUGCCAUGCCGGUCAGUCUUGUCACAUAGAAGUAAAAUCAUCAGGACAAAGAAGCACCCUUGGAUGUACAGACAAUCAGUUAUGUGGAGUAAGUGCCAGUGGUGCCGGAAAUUUGAUCGGUCGAGAAAUAAGUGGGCGACAAACUUUGGACUGCCAUGAAUGUUGUAGUAAAGAUAAAUGCAAUAAAAAUUUAUGUUCACAUUUGACACCCGGAGCAUGUAUUGAUGAUGUGAAAGUGGAUUGUGCAUUUCUAAAUAGCUUUUUCAAUAUUUGUAAGGAUAUUCAGCGAGCCAAGUUAAUCUGUGCAAAAUUCUGCUCACUGUGUUCACUUGUGGAUGGGAAUUGGGCAAGCUGGUCCCCGUGGUCUACAUGUGACGUCACCUGUGAAAAUGGGACUCAGACAAGAACAAGACAAUGUUCCGAUCCUCCCCCAGCAAAUGGCGGACUUGACUGUACCGGAACACCCACUGAUAUUAAGACAUGCUCAAAACAACUUUGUCCAGUGCAUGGUGGCUGGUCUGAAUGGUCGAACUGGGACGCGUGUUCUGUAACUUGUGGUGUAGGCAUAGAAAGGCGGCAUCGUAAUUGCUCGAACCCGGUACCAGACAGGAACGGACUACCAUGUUUUGGCGACACUUUAGAUGUACAGAUGUGCUUUCCGGGUCCAUGUGCAAAUGGUGGUUGGACUGACUGGGGACAAUGGAGCACCUGUUCAGCGACGUGCGGGGACGGUUUAAAAUCUAGAUCACGUACCUGCACAAAUCCGUCACCCUCGCCUCACGGAAAAUAUUGUGAUGGAGAUCCUAUAGAAGUUGUUUCCUGUAGGAAAAGCAGUUGUAGUCCAAAUAUAGUAUUUAAAGCCAAUGAUAUAACAAACAAAACUCCUAGCAAUGGACACACUGUAAUAUUUGGCUCUACACUUGUUAAUGAAGGAAAUGCUUAUGAUACAUCUACAGGAAUCUUCACUGCGCCUGUCAAUGGAACGUACUCAUUUAGUAUACACAUGUGUACACAAGUGAACAAGUAUUCCUACGCAACUAUCAUAAUAGAUGGGACAACAUAUGCUACCGUAUAUGUUUAUGAUGAAAAUUCGAAUUCAUGCAAUAGUGCAGAUACCGUUGCUGUAUUACAUAAACAUUCAAAAGUAUUUAUUAAAUGCAUUUAUGGCUGUACGACCAGUUUUAUAUUUAAAGAUGGUAACCAUAUGAACUCGUUCUCUGGAUAUCUGGUUCACCAAUAAACUCAUCUCAAGUGUCUUUAUUUCAAGAUGCAAUCAUUAUUAUAUGUAGUUUAAAUUGUAUGAUAAAUCUGUAGCUCCGUCCUUUUAUUUUGUUAUUCCUUUUCUUUAAAAUUUUUAAGUAGAGUAAAGUCAUUAGGCUAAUGGUAAUUGUAAAAAGGAAUAAAUAAUUUGUUUAUAAAAGUU